CACAUGAACUAUAUCUCAUCGCAGACUUCAUCGUGUCUUCUUUCAGACACAGACACAUCUUGUGGGAAUUUCCACUGACGUAAACUCACUUCCGGUUUCGGAAACGGACAGGUGAGGUGACGUCAGUCUUUAUCGCGCGCGCACGUACGCGUCCCUCUGUGUGUGUGUGUGGCCAGAGACUCUGGUGUGGCACAGUGUGUGUGUGAUGGGGGAAGUGAAACAAACGAACUUCACGAUGUGAACUGGAAUCGUCGCCAUUCAACAGGGAACUUGGAGAAAACAGCGAUGGACACAAACCUAUCAUGACAUGUUUAAGCUUUAAGGCUGUUUAACUGUAUAUCGAUUAUCGAUGGAUGCCGGUCAGUUCUGCCGCAGACCGGAAGUACUUUGUGACGACUGUCUGCAGGGUUUCGUGAAGAUCGGUUGCGGGGGAUUCGGUCAGAUUUACCGGGCCAAACACACAGGAUGGGUCAUGGAUGUGGCGAUAAAGCUGCUGCUUUAUAAAGACGGGUCCACGUCCUCCAUCCUGAGGGAAGCAGAGCUGAUGUUCCAGGGAGGGAACCCCAACGUGAUGCGCAUCUUCGGCCUGUACGAGGGCCGGCUGGGGCAGUCCGGGUUCCCGCUGCAGUCCGGGCUGGUGAUGGAGUUCAUGGUCAGGGGCUCGGUGUCCGGGCUCCUGCAGACGCUGGCCGGGCCCCCGCCGUGGCCCCUGGGCUUCCGCAUGGCUCAUCAGGUCGGCCUGGGCAUGAACUUCCUCCAUCACCUGAGUCCUCCACUACUGCACCUCGACCUGAAGCCCAGCAACGUGCUCCUCAACCACAGCCUCGACGCCAAGAUCACAGACUUCGGCUUGUCCCGAGUGGCUCGCAGCGUGUCGAGGGUUUCGAGAGAGCGAGAGGAGGACGAGGGAGGAACGUUGAUCUACAUGCCUCCUGAAGCACUGCAGUCCGUCAACUACAAGCCCAGCACAGCCUCCGAUGUGUACAGUUACGGUGUCCUGCUGUGGUCAAUCAUCACUGGGAAGGAGCCGUACGGCGGCGCGAUGUCCAGUCUGGUGCGGUUCCGCAUCCCCCAGGGCGACCGGCCGGACCUGAGCCUGAUCGACCCCAGCGAGGCGGAGGGACUGGGAGAACUGGUGUCGCUCAUGAGGAGCUGCUGGGACCAGGACGCGCGCCGCAGGCCGGCCUUCCUCGACUGUGUGAAUGUGACGGAGAAGAUCUUCGAGAUGCACCAGCGCGGGAUCAGUGACGCCGUCCGAGACGUCCUCAAACUCCUGGAAGGUGACGUCAGUUCCAGUCUGAAACCAGUCCAGCUCUCCCAUAACACACACAACGAAGAACGUCGUCAGGUUUCGUCUUGCGUUACUGGACCGCUUCCCAAACAGGAAACGGGAGCCGGCGACACAAACCCCGGACACAGAGACUUGUUUGCUCGUCCCAGUGUGCCUCCGACGCCUCCCAGAACACCCCAGCGUCAGACGUCCACACCAGGCGUCCGCAUCAGCAUGUCCAACGUGUUUGGAGUUCAGAUCGGAAACAAUAACAGCAUGAAUAUAGUUCAGAGAUCCCGGCAGAGACACCAGACCAAGUGAAGCCCUGCGACGCCACGGGCCUGCACUGUAAAGUGUGAGGUGAUGAUAUCGAGUCGAGAGGUUCAGUCUCGUGGAGGAGUGCGAGUGUGACCAACAUGGAGAGAAAGAAGUUUAUUUUUCAUGCAGAAUUGAUUUUGUGAUUCUGAUUUAUUCAUAUUUGUAGGCUAUGGAAGCCACAGAAUAAAACAUUUUAACAACAAAA